AUGACAACGGAAAAUUCUCAAGAUUGUACAACGAUCACAAGAUUACCUUCGGAAUGUUUUGACGAAAUAUUUAAACAUUUGAAAUUUGAUAGGAGGUCAUUAUAUUCGUGUCUUUUUGUUAACAGGUUUUGGUGUCGAAAAGUUAUUCCAAUAAUUUGGAGGAGACCGAUGCCGUAUAAUCCGGCAAGGAAGAACAUAAUUGACAUAGGAGUGUUCAUUCCUUUCUUUAACGAAGGAGAAAAAUCAUGUUUAUCUAGCGAAGGGAUUGAUCUCUCGGAUUUAUCAAAACGUCCAACUCCUUUAUUUAAUUAUGCGCAAUAUAUACAUAUCCUUGAUAUUGGAGCUAUUGAAAAAGCAACAGACGUUUGGAUUAAGAAUUAUAGUGUUUUAAGUUCACAACAGUUUGAAACCUUUGAAACUUUGAAAAAGAUGAAAUGGAUAUUACAAAAACCUGAUGAUUCAGAUUCUUUAUUACAACAAACAUUAAAACGGAUCAAUGAGGAACAUACAAUUUCACCACGAGCAAAAAAUGCCAUGAUUGAUUCUUUAUGCAACAUGUUUAUGAGAAGUGCGUCAAAUUUGAAAUAUCUAAUCUUAAGUCCUUAUGUUAAUGUCAAUGACAAAGAUAUACCAAAAAGUAGGAUUUUUAUCGAUAAUGAACCGGGAUUGGCCAAUUUGCGAAAGCUUAAGCUUCGUUUUUUCGCGAACUUGUUAGAUCAGCACGAGCGAAGGGAGAAUUUAUAUGACCUUUUAAAAUUAUUACCAAAUGUUUGUAAUGGACUCGUUCACCUGGAUGUUAAUAGAAUAAAGGUUCCAAAUUGUAUGAUUGCGGAAAUAUUAACGGGAUUAAUCAAGUCACAACCAGAGUUAACUUAUUGUCGCUUUUAUAAGGUAUAUGGAGACAUGACUAAGUUGAUCGAUGCGUUACCUGUUCACAAAUUGAUGAGUUUGGUGUUGGAUGAUUUGAGCAUUUCUGGGUUUUCCUUGGCCUCUCUUUCACGAAGUACCAGAUUAGAAUCUUUAGUCUUUAGAAAAUGUCGUACAUUAUCACUUGAAUUAAUUCAGCCUAUUCUUAAAGCUCCCAUUAGACUAAGGUUUUUAUAUCUUAGUGAUUUACCAAAAGAUGUUAUAAAAGCUAUCAUCAUUAAAGCGAGUGAAGCGUUAGAACAAGUUUCGAUUAAAUUUAGAUCGGAAGAUAUUAGCGAAGGACUUGAAACAUUGGUGAAUCAUUGUCAAAACAUUACUCACUUAUCCUUAAGCGCUUAUACUGGGCAAGUUGAUAUAGCAAGC